UGUAACAUUAUUGUGAGUUGUGACGAAUUUUAUCCUCCAUACAAACAACAAUUAUAAGAUCUACCAUUAAAAUUAGAAUGAAAGUUGAAUUAGCAUCUGACAAGCCACUUCAACCUGAAGCCAUUGAUAUGGAUAUAGGAAGCACCAAUCUUUCCACAAAAAGGUUGCAAGGCAAAGUUGCGAUCGUUACAGGAGGAGCAAGAGGGAUAGGAGAAGCAAUUGUGAGACUCUUUGCAAGCCAUGGUGCCAAGGUAGUUAUUGCCGAUAUCUUGGACAACCUAGGCAUGUCCAUAGCCAACUCUUUGUCCCCCACAGUUAGCUACAUCCAUUGUGAUGUUAGUCAUGAAGAAGAUGUGGAGAAAUUGGUCACAAAUACAAUCGCGAUCCAUGGAAAGCUAGAUAUUUUUUUCAAUAAUGCUGCCAUCCUUGGCCAACAAAAGCGAAAGAGCAUCAUGGAUUUCAACGAAGAUGAAUUUGAUACGAUUAUGAGGGUAAAUGUAAAAGGUAUGGCCCUAGGGACCAAGUACGCUGCUAAGGCCAUGGUGCCUAGGAAGACUGGUUGCAUCAUCUCCACCUCUAGUGUAGCCGGGGUCUUAGGUGGGUGCGCUCCCCAUGCCUACACGGCCUCAAAGCAUGCGAUUGUGGGGCUUACGAAGAAUGUAGCAUCAGAGCUCGGAAAGUAUGGAAUUAGGGUUAAUUGUAUCUCACCGUUUGGUGUAGCAACAUCUAUGCUAAUUAAUGCAUGGUGCAAUGAAAGUGAGGAAGAAGAGUAUAGCAAUGUGUUAAGGGAACACCAAGUGGAGAAAGUGGAAGAGCUUGUGAAUAAAUUGGCAAAUUUGAAAGGUGUAACACUAAAGGCUCAAGAUGUGGCCGAGGCUGCUCUUUAUCUUGCUAGUGAUGAGUCCAAGUAUAUUAGUGGACAUAACCUUGUCAUAGAUGGAGGUUUUACUACUUCAAGAAAUUGUGUUGGCUUGUAGUAAUUUAACUCUAUAGUUUUUUAAGAAUUAUGGUGAGAGCUUUGUGGUACAAUCGGCUUAUAGUUUUCACUUAUAAGGGAGAAUAUUUAUUGUUUAGGAGGAAUUAUCAAGUUA